AUGUUAGAGCAAGGGUAUAACUAUGGAAUCAGAACUGGUCGACCGAUUGACGGUCAACAAAUUGGAGAAAUCCAUAGUCGCGGACGGCAAGUAGUUGGUAUAGGCUCUACUCACGCCCACGGAACUCGUUACACACUCAAAGGCAGA